ACAAAGGAAUGUACUAAGGAACAUAGGGUAUAUACAUAAUUAUAGUAACCAUGAUGUCAUUGUUUAGUUAUUUUCUAUUGGAAAACACUGGAAUAAUUUCUCAUAUGCAUUGUCAAAACACUUUUGAUAUCCUAUUUAAAUAUGUAAAAUAUGUUAGAAUGUCUGUGAUUGUACAUGCUGCCAACCAUGUUGAUGAAGUUUUGGCUGUUUUUCAGUUUGCGCUGCUUUAGUAUUAACAUGCACACAUGUAAUCUAGUUGUGUUUUGGGAUUAUGGGAUGUGCAUAGGGCAGGUGGCAUGGCCAGCAGUCUGGAGCUUUACCCUGACCUGACCUGACCCAGAACCAGAACCAGGUGCUGGGGCUGUGAUUAUGAGUCUCAGAAGGCCAUCCAGCCUCCAGCCUUCCCCGAAUCCACCAUAUGGACACCAACUGUUAUAUGUGAUGAACUCUUAUGAGCACAAGCGCUUUUCAUCCACAUGUAGUAAAUGAAGAAUGGGUUCAUAUGCUUAUUUAAGUAUUUGUAUGCCUAAUUAAGAUUUGCAUGAUCAUGUUUCCCAAACAAAUGUAAAGUACGAGAGCAGGAACUCUAAUUUUGUUCCCUUGUAUACUGACAUAAUUCCCCUUGGCACUGGGUCACGUUACAUGCUGACACCGGGUUCAUUUUUUCAGAUAAUUUUACUCAGACUGUCACACUGCAUUAACCAUUUUACUGUAGAAAACAAGAACCUCAGACUGACUUACCCUGCGCAGAUUUUGAGGCAUGAAAUUCAAGCUGAAUAUAAGACCCCGAGAUGUGUGACAUUGUAUUGAAAGAUGAAAAGCAGGAUGCACAUUUCAAACCAAAUCUGUCAGUGUUUGUGUCAAGUUAUUUCUGUUAUAUGAAUCAAAACGGUCUGUGUGAAUGUGUGUGUUUGUGUGUGUAUUAAUGCAUGUUUGAGGGCAUGCGAGUCAGAGUGGGCUGGGUUAUCAGAGCAGAGAGAAAGAAGGCAGUUUGCAGUGGACAGGAGAGAAAUUCACAUCCUUCAUCUCAACUUUGCCUGUCGCAGUCGUCUGGACAUUGCUGUGUGUCACUGGCACACUCUUUCUUUCUUACUUUCUUUCCUUGCUUUUACUCUGAUUUUGCAUGAUUGCCAUUCUUCUUGAUCAAACACUUCAUUUUAGUUUCUCUUAGUAUCUUCUACCAGAAGAGUUUUUUCUUUAGGUUGCUUUUCUCAUAUUAACUGUCCAUCUUUCCAAUUUUUGACUGUAUCCAUUCAUUCAAUAUCUGGCCUCAUUUACAUAUUUUAUUUGCAUAACCUAAUGCAAUUUGGUGGUACCAGAUGGAGUCAAAGCAUCAUGGACCUCGACCUCUAAGACCCACAAGUCCAGCCAUGCCUUUCGUAGGUUGUCCCCAUUCAAAUGGAUGCGGAGGCCCGGGACGGAUGUUGCUACGUGAGAUGCUUUGGCAGCUGGAGCAAAGAGUACUUCAGGUUCAGGAGGAGGAGUUUCAGUACUGCAUUUCUCGUGGCAUUCUGGGAUACCGUCACCCCCCAGCAUACCCAAGCCUGCUUGCCCUUAUACCUGCUGCUGAACACCGCCAGCUAGAGCGCCUGUGUGGUCGCAUCCCACCCUCACACACUGCCAUUGUACUUUCCAGGCUUCAUGAUCUUAUGGCCCACAAUGACAUUCCUCCCUGGGAACUGGUGGGUGUCUUCAAACAAGUCCUUAGAGACUUCCUGAGGAGACAGGAAGACGGCAUACGGAAACGUCCAGCCCCUUCAGCUCCAUCAACAAUUCUUUCUGCUCCGAGUCCACCUACAGAGAGUAAUGACAGAAACCACAUUGUUGAAAAUGCAUCUAAUUCUUUAUCAGAGGAGUCUGGAAAGCACAGGGAAGAAAUUCCUACGAUUUCUAGUUAUGUGGAUAAACAUUUGCGUGCCGCCUGCCCCUACUCUAUCCAUAGAGAUUGGAGUCUGCCCUUCUGUCAUCCAUUCGCUUAUGAGGCCUAUGGCACCACAUUGUGAGACACUUAAUUAUAGAAGUCCAACACCUAUUAAUGGCAGUUCAUAACAAUUUUAUGUUUUGUCAAAUUGGUGGCUAAUUAGUAAGAAUUUGUACAAUCUGAUUGGUAUGUUUUUGUAUGACUGGCUUGCAUCCCAUAGAUGGUUACUUUCAUAGUAAUACUUUAAUGUACUACUAAUAUUGCAUUUUCAUACUAAUAUUGCAUUUUCAUACAAAUUACCACCAAUAAAUUCAUAUGAAAUCGCCACCUUGUAAAAUAAUUGUUUCCUCAUGAGAUUGGCUUGAAAAUUCAACGCAACCAUUUUAUGUCUUUCCAGUCUGAAAAAUCGAAUCCUCUGCUCCAGUUAAUUAGAAUAAUUAAAAGUAAGUAACAUGAAGAUGUGUUAUGUUAUGUUAAAACUUGGAAGAUGAGCAAUAAUCUUUUUGCAAUUGAUCG